AUGUCGUCAGACCAGCAACCUUCUUCAGAGUCCCAAGCUUCAAUGCUUGGGGGCCACGUGAAGUAUGUCCAAGGCGCCAUCUCCUCCGCCGUGGGGUACGAAUCCGGGCAACAGACAAAAGCCGAGGCCGUGCAGGAGAUGAAGGACGCCAAAACCCAAUCAGAAGGACAACCCGCGCAGUCAUCGCUGCUGGGGACGGUCGAGAACGCCGCCGGCAAGGUCACCGGAUGCGAAGGCAUGGUGGAUGAGGGAAAGAAGAGGAUUCCGGAGAAGAGGGGCGUCGAGGAGCAGAGUGGGACAGGCUGA